AUCGGACAAUCGUGAUUUCGAUGUAACCGUGUGCGGUCGUGUUUCUCGGGGCUCAUUGUAAUUCGCCACGAAAGCCCUUUAAAAGUGUUAAUUCAAAUGUAGUCGCCUUGGCGUGAUCUCCACAUUGUAAGUCAUCUGAAAUACGAGGGGAAAAAUAAAUGCAAACAUCACUAGCUGUCUAAGUAACUGUUCGACAGUCAGCCAACGUCAACUCAGUUUAUCCCAAUGGGUUGAGAAACGCCUACGAUCUGUGUUUGUGGGCACACCACCGACGCGGCUCAAAGAUAAAAGUGGUAUCAGGUGUUAAAAUACACCAAAACUUAAGAGUGAAGUCAAAUGCGGACUCUGAGAGGGGAGGCAGCAUCACACCCAAUCUAGACGUCACCAACAUCUUUGAUGGUGUCCACCCUACUGGAAAACGUCAUCUACACGCGUUGUCACUUCAUUGUUAUUAAAUUCCUCAACAUUUUCUUUAUUUUAUAAUAUAUAUUUUUAUAACAUAUAUAUUUGAACAAAAUGAGCAAAAUUCUUAAAGUAGUUGGAGCCUCCUGGCUGCAAACCAAAAUAAGCUCUUAUAUACUGGCUUUCCUUGGAAUUCUUGCUAUUUUAGCGCUCUUCUUUGGACAAUUUGAAAGAAUCCAAGGAGACGGAAAUUACGCAGCAACUGUUUUCUAUUCAGACAAAACCGGAUAUCGCAUCGAGUACUGGGGUGAGAGCAACGAUCUUAAGGAUAUCGCACGGGGUGUCGCUCGUGCAUACUUCAGAGGAGAUAUCGAAACAAACGGGUGGUCUUUAUUAGAAGUUGAGACGGAUGGCUCUUAUCCAGACGAAAUCCAAGCUUACGCAGCCGGCAUAGUUGAAGGUGCUCUGACCUGGUACCUUAUUCACGUGCACUUAGAGAACACCAUACGGGCGAAAUGCGAAGAUCAGCCAUUAGAGAAGAACUGCGAUAAACUGAGAGACGCUUUGGACAAGUCAGCGAAUAUUUGGAAAUAUUACGCGGCGGAACGCGCUGCGUCCGAUCCGUUUUGGCAUCAUGUUUCGUUGUACUACACCCAGAUCAGAGGGAUUUAUACGGGCUGGAAAUACGGUAUAGAGAAAAGCAUGCUGGAAUAUGAGACCGAUAUAUCAGAUCUGUAUUGGUUGAACGCGAUGGCCGAGGUGGAGGAGAUCCAGCACAAACUGAACGUUAGUGUGGAAGACUCUGUGUUCGCCGGUCUGCCCAGUCUAUCGAGCUCUCUGGUCAGGAUAGUGAAUGAGUCAGAGGACGGUUCCGUUAAGAAGCUGUUUGUGGCACAGGACGCGGCUGGAAGUUAUUCGUCAAUGACGAGAAUUAUGAAGAGAUACAAACUUAAUUAUCACGUAACAUCGAAGGACUCGAUGCCGGCUCCGGGAAGUGACGUACAGUUCACGGGUUAUCCGGGCUCUAUAACCAGCCAGGACGAGUUCUACGUCAUCAAAGGAGACAACCACCGUCUAGCUGUCACGGGAACGCCAUUGAAAAUAUACAACAACAAAUUGUGGAAGAAUAUCAACAUCACUGAACAGGUACCAAUAGGUCCUCGAAUUACAGCAGCAAAUCACCUGUCGUCUAAUGUUAGUUCUUGGGGACAUACUAUAGCCAGAAGCAAUUCCGGCACCGCCUGCAAGCAGUGGCUUGUGGUGGACUUCAACAAGAUGAAACAUGUCGGCGGUAGACACAGCGACAAAGACACCAUCACGGAGACAAUGCUUGACGACGACACAAAACACACCGUUGUUCACCGCGCCGGCACAGGUCGUGCCAAGGGUUUGUUAUGGCUGAUCGAGCAAGUCCCGGCUCGCACUCACUCCGCAGACAUCUCUGAAGCCUUCCUUGAGAAGACAUACUGGGCUACGUACGGACUGCCAUUCUUUGUUGACAUAGCAAACGUAACGCACACAACGAAAAUGGAAGAGCUGUUCGGAACGAUGUUCUCAGAGACAUCAUCACCAAGAGCAAUAAUUUUCCAAAACGGUUAUAAAAAUGCGACAACUUUAGAGAGCGUUAUAAAAUUAAUGAGAACUAAUAACAAAACUGCGUAUAACGAAACUAGAAACAAAAUAAACUGUAACGACGACAACAGCUGUAUUCUUAAAGAAAGUGAACAUUGGAACAUCCUUGGUCUAAGAGGAGACUUGCUUGAAAAACAUAAAGAAGCUUACGGUAUUAUUGAUACUAAAGUAGUGAGCGCUGAUUCAAAGGACUCUCUGGAUUUCGUUGCAAUAUCAAGUCCACAGUUCACUGAGACUAAAACAGAAAACGCGUCCAAAAUAAAUAAAGGGAAUAUAGCGUCCACGUAUACGGAUCAAUUCGAUGACGUGCCAAUAAUAAAUGGUUUAGAAAUACGGGAUCUUAUAAAACAACAGCAGGAGGAAGCGGAAAGAGAAACACUGGAGCUACUAAACAAAGACACCGUUAAACCUUUCCAGUGGUCGAAAAGCGAGUUCAAAGAUGACGCUCACGAAGGUCUCCCGGACAUGUGGAACUUUGGUAUCUACAGACCGAAUUGGUCCUGGUGAAUCUCUAGCUUUUUUUUUAAUGGUCGUCAAUUUGUUUCCAACCAGUAAUAAUAAUUUUCCGUCCUACAGAUUGUCUUAUAGAAGAAUAAUUUUUUUUUUAAUUUAUAGAAUCUUGAAUUAUUUUAAAAUCAUGUCUAGCUGUGUAGCAUUAUCAUUGUAAAUGCGUUUCAAAUGUACAAUUUAUCAUUUAUAUCAUGAAUUUUUCAUCAAUUACAAUCUGGGAAAGCCAAUGUCAUUUAAAUGUUUAUUUUAAUCUGUGUGUCUUACAUAUACAUUUUUUAAUUUUUAUUUAAUUUAAAAUAAGAAUAUUAUCUAUGACCUAAUAAAAAUGAAGUGACUCAGCUUAUGUGUAUGAGGAUGAUGUUGAUGCUGCUCUCGAUAAUAAAUAAAACAUCUUUUGUGGCAA